AUGGCUCUCUUAGCCAGAGGCUGGCGAAAACCCGAUAAUGUGGCGGGCAGUUCGGCGCCUGCGAUCAUGAUCGGGUUGUUUGUAGCCACCGGUGGUUUGCUCUUCGGUUAUGAUACAGGCACAAUCUCGGGGAUCUUGGCCAUGAAAGCGUUUCGCAAGCAGUUCACGACGGGCUACAUCGAUGUGAAAGACGGCGAGCCGAAUAUAUCGCCGGCACAAUCAUCCCGAAUCGUUUCCAUAUUGAGCGCAGGAACCUUCUUCGGGGCCCUCAUGGCAGCACCUAUGGGCGAUCGACUCGGGCGCCGUGUCUCACUUAUCAUUGCUGUGGCCAUCUUCGCGUUUGGCGUUCUCUUGCAGACCUGUGCCAUGCACAUCCCGCUGCUCAUCGCUGGAAGAUUCUUCGCGGGCCUCGGUGUCGGUAUCAUCUCAGUCCUCGUCCCCCUUUAUCAGUCUGAGAUGGCGCCGAAAUGGAUUCGUGGGACGCUUGUCUGCGCGUACCAGCUCGCUAUCACCUGCGGCCUGCUGGUGGCCUCGAUUGUCAGUCUAGGUACUGAAAGUAUCGAUCACGCCAAUGCAUUCCGGAUCCCCAUCGCUCUACAAUUCGUCUGGGCCGGCGGUCUACUCCUCGGCCUCAGUCUCCUGCCCGAGACGCCGCGGUACCUCAUCAAGCGGAACCUCCAUGGUGCUGCCGCUUCCUCCCUCAGCCGUCUUCGGCGCUUAGACAUAACCCAUCCAGCCUUAAUCGAAGAACUCGCGGAGAUCCAGGCUAAUCACGAAUACGAGCUCAGUUUAGGGCCAGCAACAUACCGCGAGGUCUUUGUGGGCUCUCCCCAUCUAGGACGGCGGGUGCUCACGGCUUGCGGUCUACAGAUGCUCCAACAACUAUCCGGAUGCAACUUCAUUCUCUACUAUGGGACCACCUUCUUCCAGAACAUAGGUAUCGAGUCCCCUUUUGUCAUCCAGUUGGCGAUGAACAUCGUGAAUGUGGUAUCCACCGUCCCUGGUAUGGUUCUCGUAGAAUCUUUGGGGCGCCGUCAUCUACUCUUGAUCGGCGCUUCUGGCAUGGCCAUCUGUCAGCUUACGGUAGCAUCCGUCGGGUCGGCCAUCCCAUAUGGGCAGGCAGCGCACCUAGUCCUCAUCGUUUUCGUCUGCAUCUACCUCUUCUUCUUUGCGUCAUCUUGGGGUCCCGUUGUCUGGGUUGUGACUUCAGAGAUAUACCCUUUGAAGGUGCGCGCCAAAGCCAUGUCUAUAUCCAUCGCUUCAAAUUGGGUUCUGAAUUUCGCCAUCGCUUAUGGGACCCCUUACCUAGUGAAUGCCGGGGAAGGAUACGUGGACCUGGCGGCCAAGAUCUUCUUCGUCUGGGGCGCCUGCUGUGUGCUCGCAGUCGUCUUCGUCUGGUGUAUGGUGUACGAGACGAGUAAGAUCAGCCUCGAACAGAUUGACGAGAUGUACGAGAGGGUCGAGUACGCGUGGAAGAGCAGAUCCUUCCAGCCGAGCUGGAGUUUCCAGGAAAUGCGUGACGAAGGCGCUUCAGCAAGCGGCGUCCAACUGGCCGAGCCUGACGAUAUCCGGAGACGAGCAGGCACCGGCACUACUACGAACACCAGCACGACGGAGAGUUCGACGUCGAUGACCGAGGAGGACAAGAUCAUCGCUCAACUGGGCGACGUAGAUCUAAGCUACUAA